AUGAAGUCCAGCAAUCUUAGCCCAUGUUUGCUUGCUGGUGUUGCCUUCACGAUUCACACGACGUCCGCCUUUCUGCUGGGAAACACCAGAACUUCGUUAGUCACUCGUAAUCAGCAGUAUGCCUUCUUCUGUGUCCAUCCUCCAUUAAUCCGCUCAACUCUGCUUGAAGCGGCUGCCUCGGAAGACGAAAACGUGGAUACGGUAGCAAAAGUAGGGGAAGAAACGAUGUCGGUGUCAGAAAAAAUCGAGUUUGACUCGGAAGAAGAGAAGAACGAAGCGGUGGGCAAUUUGAUAGCUGAUGACGAAUGGAACGGUCUCAGUAUGGAACUUUCGGAAAUUGUGAGGGUAGCCGUGGUAGAAGACUUAAAAAAGAAUGCGCGUCAGUUUCUUGGGAAGGACGAGUACAAGGUCGGAGAUAUCAGUAAAGAGAUUGACGUACGCGUUAAAAGUGAAGUCGCCAAUCUUCGCGGAAAAGAAAACUAUGAACUUGGAGAUUUUGUGCUUGCCAUGGAUGAGCUAAGCAAAACGUACACGGAAGAGCUGACGGGUAAGCCGUACGAGGCUGGUGAUUUGUCGAUCGAGCUGGAUAAGCGUGUCAAGUCAAGAGUAGCCGAGUUUUGUGGCAAGGAUGAGUACGAGUUUGGGGACUUAUCCCGGGAAGUCAGCAGUCGGGUGCAGUCACGUGUAGAACAAUUUACUGGCAAGCCUUAUGAGUUUGGUGACGUCUCGCGUGAAGUAAAUGAGCGACGAAAGCAAUGGGUGAAGGACUUUCUUGGUGAUGAAGCUGCGGAAAACUAUGAGUUUGGAGAUGUCACAAAGAAAUUUGUGACUCAGUUAACCGGAAAGGAUGAUUAUCAAUUUGGGGACCUUUCCAAAAAACUUGUUGGUGAUCUGUUCGGAAAACGUAAAAAGAAGGGUGAUUGA